CCUUACGCUGUCCUGCAUUUUCUCAAGUUGCGUAGAAAAUGAGGCCGACUUGUAUUGGUACAUAGAAAAUUUGAUAUGCGCAGUAGCAUAUUUCUUGGCCAUACCAUUCAAGAAACACACGCUUUUAUUUCGUGCGGCUCUUGAGGCCGUCCCAAGAUUAUUUUCCUGAGUUUCCUGUUCUUAGUACAAAAUCAACUAGCAUAUAAUUAAGGUUCGUUUUAUCAAGAUCACUACACCUACCUGUCUUGCUCUCACAGUAUUGUCAACGGGGGCCACUCCAAGCUCAAUGUCUGUUAACAUGGUCAAAUUCCUCUUGCUUGCACCCACAUUCUUUAUCUCUUUCCCUUCAGUAGUGUCCCAGACCAUACCUUCAUCUGGUGGCAGCCAGGGAAACUGGCGUCUUUUGCAAGCAAAUGUAGGCAUAUCAGCUAUGCACAUGCAACUUAUGCAUGAUAACAAAGUUGUCAUUUUUGACCGCACAGAUUUUGGCCCCUCUAACAUCUCCCUGCCUGGUGGUCGCUGCCGUAUUGAUCCCAGCGACGAAGCCCUUAAAAUAGAUUGCACUGCACACUCCAUCCUUUACGAUAUUAUCACUGACACCUACCGUCCUCUAAUGGUCCAAACAGACACUUGGUGCUCUUCUGGGGCAGUUUUACCUAACGGGACUCUAGUUCAAACUGGGGGUUUCCAUGACGGCGACAAUGUAACACGCAUGUAUACUUCAUGCCCAAAUGACAGUUGUGAUUGGGUUGAGUAUCCAAACUAUCUGUCAAGAAGAAGAUGGUAUGCAACUAAUCAAAUAUUGCCUGAUGGACGUAUUAUCAUUAUUGGCGGUCGAAGGGAGUUUAGCUACGAGUUCUUCCCUCGUCCUUCUCCUCGUCGCCAAACUUUUCAGCUCCGUCUUCUAAUAGAAACAAGGGAGGGUAAUGUUGAAAACAAUCUGUACCCGUACGUCCACCUCUUACCAGAUGGGAAUUUGUUCAUCUUCGCUAAUACACAAUCAAUAUUGUUUGAUUACAAUCAAAAUCGUGUGGUUAGAGAGUUUCCUCGCAUACCAGGAGGUGAUCCACGCAAUUAUCCUAGUACCGGAUCAUCAGUUCUGCUCCCCUUGGAUGAAAAUGAACACAGCAUUGACCCUGAAGUUCUGGUUUGUGGAGGGGCACCAAGAGGUGCAUACCAACAAGCCUUACGGGGAACCUACAUACGUGCGAUUUCCACAUGUGGACGGCUCAGGAUCACCGAUCAAAACGCUAGUUGGGUCAUGGAAACCAUGCCGAUUCCCCGAGUAAUGGGCGAUAUGCUGCUUCUUCCCACCGGAGAUGUCAUUAUAAUCAAUGGUGGUCAAUUAGGCACUGCAGGUUGGGAACUUGGGCGUCAGGCAGCAACCAGACCAGUCAUGUACCAUCCAUCCAACCCGUCCGACCAACGUUUCUCAGUCAUGGAACCAUCACCACGUCCUAGAAUGUAUCAUUCAGCAGCAAUCCUCCUAACUGAUGGUCGAGUAUUAGUUGGCGGUGGUAACCCUCACAUUUACUAUAACUUCAGUGAUGUAUUCUACCCAACAGACUUAAGCCUGGAGACCUUUUCACCACCAUAUUUAUCAACCCAGUACGCAUCAAUAAGACCUGUGAUUUUGUCUGUAGAUGAUACUGUAAGCCCAGGGCAGAGAUUUUUGUUAAGUUUCUCAGUGGGAGAGUACAUAGCAGGAAGUGUGUUAUCAGUAAGAAUAGUCGCACCAUCCUUUACAACACAUUCAUAUUCAAUGAAUCAAAGGAUGGUGGUGCUGAGGAUUGAUGGAAUUAUUCACAAUGAGACAUCAUCAUCAUAUACCUUGAGUGUUGUUGGACCAUCAUCAGCUGAGAUUGCUCCGCCAGGUUACUAUUUGCUGUAUGUUGUGCAUUCUGGUAUACCUAGUUCUGGUGUGUGGGUGAGGCUACAGUGAUAUAUAUAUAUAUAUGGAGUUGGAGCUUGGAGGGUUUGAGUUAACUUAGAGUUGA